AUGUCGAAUGCUAGCAUGGACGAUUUCAAGCCAAACUCGGUGUUUGUCGAGGAUGCGGAGCAAGCGCAGCACCUUGGAAGCUAUAGCCAGAAUAUCAAUGCAAGGAUUCUCAAUCCACUUGCCGGCGUCACCAAAGAUGAUCUAUACGAUCGCGUUUAUCGAUUCUGCCAAGAAUAUGGAUUUGAAGACCAAGUCGAGUUAUUUCAGAAGGGAACUCUGGCAGCACAACAUCAGAAAGGACUUGAGGACCUGACAGAACUGAGUGAUGAGGACAAAUACUACCUGGAGCGAGAGUAUACCCAUAAAUGGCAUUUGCCGAAAGACCUUUAUUUCAGCAUCGCACAGUGUUCUCUAGGAUCAGCAAUUCAAGGAUGGGACAAUACGGGUGCAAACGGUGCCAACCUCUCAUUUCCACAAGAAUUUGGCAUUGAAAAUGAUACUUGGCUGAAAGGUGUGAUUAACUCUGGACCGACUUUAUUUGGGCUUCUGAGUGCCUGGGCAGCAGAUCCUCUCAACAAUUGGCUUGGUCGCCGCGGUACCGUCUUUCUCACCGGCCUCUUUGGCUUUUGCUCCAACUUGAUAUUUUAUCGUGUUGGUCGGCUUGCAUGGCGCUUCCAGCUUGCCGCUGCCUUUGCUCUUGCAGUGCCGGUUUUGAUCUUUGUUUGGUUCUGUCCUGAGUCCCCGAGAUGGCUUAUGAAGAAAGGUCGCUACCAAGAAGCAUUUCACUCAUUCUGUCGGAUACGCAAUACCGAACUGAUUGCGGCUCGAGAUUUGUACUAUACCCACUGCCAGGUAAUGACUGAGCGAGAUGCCUUCUCAGGAGUGUCCUUUGCACAUCGCUUAUGGGAAAUAUUCACUAUUCCCCGCCUGCGUCGUGCCAUGAUCUCUAGCGCGAUCCUAGUCACCUCUCAACAGUUUUCAGGGAUCAAUAUCAUGAGUUUCUACUCAUCAACAAUCUUCUCAGAUGCUGGUUAUUCUACCCGAGACUGUCUUCUCGCUUCUCUUGGUUACGGACUAACCAUGUUCGUCUUUGCCCUCCCUGCUAUAUGGACGAUGGACACAUUCGGCCGUCGAAAUCUGUUACUGUUCACUUUCCCGAACAUGGCUUGGUGUUUGCUAGCAGCAGGACUUUGCUUCCUGAUUUCAAGUGACUCCAGUGCUCGAGUGCCACUCAUAGCAUUUUUCAUCUAUUUAUUCACGGCACUAUAUAGACCUGGAAUGGGACCAAUCCCGUCGAUCUAUUUCAGCGGAGCAUUCCCGUUGUCUCAUCGUGAGCUAGGCGCUGCACUCACAAUAUGUGUUAAUAAUGCCAUCGGGAGUGUUCUGACUAUCACAUUCGGGUUCUACGCGGGGCUCAAUUUGAUUUCCUUUAUCGCCAUUUUCUUUGUCGUGCCUGAGACCAUGCAACGUACUCUCGAGGAACUUGAUUACACUUUUGGAGUGCCUAUUCACCGGCAUGCUAGAUAUCAGAUCGGUACUUGGCUGCCGUGGUUCAUUCGGCGCUAUAUCCUCUUCCAGCGAUCAGUCAAAUUAGAGCCCCUGUAUCAACUAGAGGGACUCUAG